CUCUUCUCUCUCUCUCCAUCCACCUCACUCACUCUCUCUCUCUUUUUUCUCUGCUCUCCUUUCUCAAAAAAGCCAUGACGGCGAUCCCGCGAUCCAUCCUCGCCUCCGCGCUAUCUUUAUAUUAUUUCUAAUUUCAUUUUUAAUAUAUAUUUUUCCCUUGUAUCUUCUCGUGGAUGUCAAAGGCAUUGGAUGAAGACAUUUUUUUUGCCCCCCACCGGAGUCUCCUCUCUAACCCCGGCUCUCCCCGAUGUGAUCCGCGCUGAACGCAGCCGCCGACAGCCACCAUGUCUCGCCGCAAGCAAGGCAAACCCCAGCACUUAAGCAAACGGGAUUUUUCGCCCGAGCCCCUUUCCACGGCCGUGGUCUCGUCGGAGGAGCUGUCGGAGCGCUGCUCGGACCGUUGCUCGGGCCGCUGCUCAGGCCGCUGCUCGGAGCGUUGCUCGGAGCACUCGGAGGAGCAACAGCACCACCACCACCACCACGGCGGCCUCAACGGGCACCACCCGGGCUCGGCCGUGAGCCGGCUGGCCCGGCUGGGCCACGACGCCCUCCCCCCCCACCCGUCCUCCUCCCCGCAGGACCUGCUGACCUGCGGCCAGUGCCAGGCCACCUUCCCCCUCGCCGACAUCCUGCUCUUCAUCGAGCACAAGCGGAAGCGCUGCCACGGGCCGCCCUGCUUCUCCGUGCUGGGCAGGGGGCUGGACAAGCCCCCCUCGCCCUCCCCCGGCCUGGCCCUCACCCCCUCGCCCGCCCUGGGCUCCUUACGCAGCCGGAGGCCCGUGGAAGUGGGCGUCCAGGCCACGCUGGCCGACGAAGACGAGGAGCGCUUCUGCUCCCCCCGGGGGAUUUGCCCCAAGCAGGAGCCCGUGCCAGAGGAAAACGGCAUAUUGAUGAUGCUGGAUUUCCAGGAGAGCAGGCUUCUGCGUGGUCCCGUGAUGGACCUGGAGAUCUGUCCCCCCCGUCCCGCCCCCCGGCAGCUGGGACAGGCUGCAGCCGCCUGCAACCCCUAA